ACAAGAUAGUGUUUAAAUAUCUAAUCUAAUCCUUGUUGUUAUUGUUUAACAAAUAUAUCAGAUUAUCAUCAUGGAUUUAACUGAAAACAUUGCCAACAUAUCUUUACACGAGGAACAAACAGCGAAGAAACGAAACGAUUAUAUAGAUUGGCAAGAAUAUUUUAUGGCUGUUGCUUUUUUGGCGGCAAAACGCAGCAAAGAUCCCAAAACGCAAGUCGGCGCAUGCAUAGUUAAUAAUGAUAAUAAAAUAGUCGGCAUAGGUUAUAAUGGAAUGCCAAUAGGUUGUAAUGAUGACGACUUUCCCUGGGGAAAGAACACUCCAUCACCACUAGAUAGCAAAUACCUUUAUGUAUGUCAUGCAGAAAUGAAUGCAAUAUUGAAUAAAAACUCUGCAGAUGUCAAAGACUGCACAAUCUAUGUAGGAUUGUUUCCAUGUAACGAAUGUGCAAAAAUGAUCAUACAGUCUGGUAUUAAAAAGGUGGUAUAUUUAUCAGACAAAAAUGCACAUAGGCCUGAGUACAUUGCAUCAAAGAAGAUGUUUAAUGCUUCCAAUAUAAUAUAUAAACAAUACAAACCAAGGAGAAGUAAAAUUGAAAUAAAUUUCGACAUUGACUGGGAUUUGGUUAGCCCAACAAAAUAGAGGCUGCUUGUAGAUCACUAUUAAAUUAAUCAAUUAAAAAGUACUUUUAAUUACCAAAAAUUAAUAGAAAAUAUGUAUUCGCAGAAUGCUUGUAUUUUAAUUACCAAAUCAGAAUUAAUGGAGUUAAUUCUACCAAUUUAGGUGACGUCACUUACUUGAAUAAAUUAUUAUCUCAGUGCACACAAAGAACAUUAUAAACAAUCAUU